CAGCAGUGCAAACAAAGUGAAUAAAAACGAACUCUGGAAUAAUACGAUUUGACGUUUAGUAAUUAAGUGCGUGAUUUGCGAGACUUUCAAUCUCUAGUAGAGUAUCGAGGAGGAGGGAUAGAGAUCUACAGGUUAGAUCUAUAGAUUCAUCCUCUGCAGUCACAAGUAUUGGAGAAUACCCUAGCGGAUAUUUCUCUCAUAGAUUUGAAGAACGUCCUAUUCCUCCUUCGCGACACUCUCGAGAUUGAAAGUCCUGCAAAUUCUGUACUUUAUUUCUGAGCAUCACAUCGCAUUAUCCAUGCACGCAGUUUUAUUCGCUUUGUUUGCAUGGGCAUGAAAAUCUUUACCAAGUAUCCAUAGUAGAGGCCAUUAUAGAGGACUUCCGGUAACUGAUCUGCGUGCGAUGGUAGUUCCGGGAACGUAACAAUCCUGGUUGAUCUGAAGAAGAUUAAACACUUUUUUUUCACUAAAAAUGAUGUACUUUGUUAUUCCUCAAAUUUGUUCACGAAAACUUCCGCGCACAUUUAUCUCCAGAUUGUUUUUAGUGAAAAUGGACUUGUCAAAUAGAGAGAAAGUGGUCGGGGCACAUGUGCACCGAUAGAGCAGGCUGUGUAGUUAUAGGGACGUUAAAACAGAAAUACAAAGUUUAUACUCGAUAUAUACAGAGUAUUUUUUCACAUAGCAUUUUUUGCGUAUAGAUACAACGUAUUACUUGAGUAUAUAUUUAAGUUUGUAUAUCAUUCACGUAAAUACAUAGUAUAUACAUAGUAAGUGUGAAAAUUAGUACUUUCCUCACAUAAAUACACUGUAUAUACUCAGUACGAUCUGUAAAGCCAGUACGAAUAGCCGGCCGGGGAGCUCCUCGUGCCCUAUAUGAGCUUUACUUAUUUCUUUCACAAAUAGAGGACAGAUUGUCCUAUUUCUAUCAAUAAAUUGAAUUGAAUUAUUCUAGUCAAUAUGAGUCACCGAAAAUCGGAAGGCGAUAUCUCUUACCGUUUGAUCUCUAAUUAAGUAACAAACUCCCAAACAAAUAACAAAGAUAAAAUGCGACAGGGAGUUUGUGGUGCAAUUGGUAAGAGCGUUCAGCUCUUGGGUGAUGUGACCUUCUAUAUGACUGUCACAGUUGUGACUUCGGAUCCCAUCCGGUCAAAUGACGAAGCGUCUAAAUGGACAUUUUGUACGAAACAUUGUAAACUGAAUAAUAAAUUCGUAAACUGAAUAAUGUACAAAAUGGUAGAAAUACCCCAGUACAUAAAAGUUAAAUAAUAAAAUACGACAUUCUUUUUAUAGAAAUAUGAAUUUAUAUUUUUUCAUUUUUUAUCUUGCAAAUUGCGUUGUUGCAAAAAGAAUGCAUUGCUGAAGGCAAUAUAAAGGGAUUGUCCAAUCGAUUAACAGUCUUAAUAUCUUUUCAUUUGAUUACGCGAAAAGGGAGUUUCCAUGGGAAUCCUCGAUGAAUGAUUGAGAAUUGAGACACUUGGCGAAGGUCUCCAUGAUGAGACAAUGUUACAAAGUUUCUAGGUCAAGUGUAUAGUAUGCAAUUUUAUGAUUGACUACCCCCUCUGGGAGCCCUCGUAUAUAGAUCAAUUGCUUAAAGAGAGAGAGAGGAAGAGAUGAAGAGAAAAUGUGAGAGAAAUUUUUCACGCCUGCGUAAAUAAUCGUUGAAACCUUGUUUGAAUUUAUUGCAUUAACAUGCCUCUAUAGAUGGUUGUAUAGUCCUGGAAAACAAAUAAUUUGCAUGAAUUAAGCUUCUGGGUGUAAAUUGUGUAGUAUAUCAACUAUACUUUCUGGACUUGAAGAUCAAUCUUAGCGGGAAGAUAUUGCGCAUUGUUUUGAUUGAGUUUGUUUGAUGAAUGAUAUUUUUAUUGGCUUCACAUGCGUAGUAUUAUGGGGUAAUGAAAAAUUUACUCCAUAGAGAGAGAGAGACCUUUAUUUCCGGCUCAUCGCAAAAAUGUUCAUGCAUUAUAUAUAAAGCGGUCUAAAAGGAGGGAUGGAACGUGUUUUAAGUGUAUGUAUAUAUGUUUUAUGGGGCGGAAGGAAAAGUUCUUUAGCGUCUCUGUGACGCCUGUGGCAGUGUUUCUUUGCAAAAAUGCCUUUUGGUCGCGGGGAUGGGAAUUUGUGGAUGGAACUGGGACAAGUGAAGUGACUCUCCAAUUGUGUCAUUCCUUGUCUCUCUUUCACCCUCCUCCAGUGAGACGGGGCAGUUUUGGAUGGUUGUUUGCUGAGGUUUCUGGGGAGUAGCAGAGAGAUCUCUCUCACUUUCUCUCCCUCUCUGGUAUUUUGUACAUAUUGUGCGCGCUGGUAUUAUGCUUCAUGUGCGACUCCGGGCUUCCGAUGAGAGGGACUCUGUUAGAUUUUCGCGAGUGCUUCUUGGGUGUAGUACAUUGUGAGGGAGCUCUAUGGGUGGCACUCACUAAAUUUUCUCAAUGGUAGCUCGUUUGUGGUGGAUAAUGGUGUAAAAAAAAAACAAAACAAAUAAGAAGAGAAGUCAGGAUAAGGGGUUAGAUAGAGAGUGAAGCUUUCUGUUGUGUGAGAUUGAAAGUUUGAGGGAUUACGUUGGAGAUUGAUUGAGGAAAUUUGCGAUUUCAAAGUAUAAUAAAUUGUGAGGAAUAUUGAGAAAAGAAAAAAGGCAAGAGAGAAUUAAAAGUGUUUGAAGAAUGACUUCGAAAUUACACGAGCAAGCGAAAUUGGACGCGACUAAACAAGCCACAAGUCCAGAAGAGUGUGAAGAUUUGAGCCCAAUGCCACAAUCAACGGCACCACCAGUUAGACGGCGUGGUGGAAUUUCCGCGGAGCCCGUAACAGAGGAAGACGCCACUAGCUAUGUCAAAAAGGUUGUACCAAAGGACUACAAGACUAUGGCGGCUCUGUCAAAGGCCAUUGCCAAAAAUGUCCUUUUCUCUCACUUGGAUGAGAAUGAACGAUCAGACAUUUUCGAUGCAAUGUUCCCAGUUAAUUGCUUAACAGGUGAAUCAAUUAUUCAGCAGGGGGAUGAAGGUGAUAAUUUUUACGUUAUCGAUCAGGGUGAAGUUGAGGUGUUUGUAAAUUCCGAACUGGUGACAACAAUUGGUGAGGGUGGAAGUUUUGGUGAACUGGCACUAAUCUAUGGCACACCCAGAGCUGCAACAGUGCGUGCUAAAACAGAUGUAAAGCUGUGGGGUAUCGAUCGUGAUUCAUAUCGACGUAUCUUGAUGGGUUCGACCAUUAGGAAGAGGAAAAUGUAUGAGGAAUUCUUGUCCCGCGUGUCAAUUUUAGAAAGUUUGGACAAAUGGGAGAGGCUGACAGUUGCCGAUGCCCUGGAGACGGUUAGUUUUGAGGAUGGAGAGACCAUUGUUAAACAGGGUGAACCCGGUGAUGAUUUCUACAUCAUUGUUGAGGGAUGUGCUGUUGUUCUGCAGCAAAAGGGCGAAGCUCAACAGAAUGAAGAUACAGCUGAAGUGGGACGUCUGGGUCCGAGUGAUUACUUUGGUGAAAUUGCCCUUCUCCUGGAUAGACCAAGAGCUGCCACAGUUAUGGCCAGAGGUCCUCUCAAAUGUGUCAAAUUGGAUAGAGCAAGAUUCGAACGUGUCCUGGGGCCUUGUGCUGAUAUUCUUAAGAGAAACAUUACACAGUAUAACAGUUUCGUCUCACUUUCUGUCUAAAAGCAAACAUAUGAAAAAAAUUUCUCAAGAAAAAAACAACAACAAAUUUAGGAAAAAAAAGAAACCAUUUUAAAGAGUGAUUGCCUUUAAAAAAAAACCUUCCUUUAUUCGCAAUGAAAAAUCUUGGCAUUCUAGCUGAACGUUCUCAUAUUAACAUUUUUUUUAGAUACAGAAAAAAACAAAAUCUUUUACACAAACUGCAUUUCACUGCACUGUCAAAACAAGAAAUAAAUAAUUAAAUUAGAAAAAUAAAAUUUCAAAAUAGGGAUUGAAAAAAAAAACUUGAAAAAAAGAAUUUCCUUACAAAGUUUAACAAAAAAAAGUAUACAAAAAAUAUGGAGCAAUUGAGGAAGUUUUAAAGGGAAAAAAAUAUGAUAGAAAUUGAAUUGCGAAAUAUGAAUUUUUAUAUAGAAACCCUUCAAUGUAAUCGUAUUUAUGAAAAUUUUAGUAUGUAAAAUAAUUCAUCUAUAUCUGAAAACACGUUUAAAUCCCAUUAAAAUUUCUCUACAUUACAUAAAUAGGAGUUGCUGGACGAUUGGAAUCAUUUCUCAUUGAAACAAAAAAAUAGGAAAAAUAAAUUAUGCUUACCUCUUUCUAAACAUUUUUUCAAAUCUUCACUUUCAUACACUCAUUAUCAAAUUUUACAAAGAAAAAAGUUUAAUGUAAUAAUUGUAUAUGAUAGGUGACAAAAAAAAGAAAAAAAAGUGAAAAAAACAGAAAUCUGUAACAUGUAUCUUUGAUAUACUUAAUGAGAAAGGAUGAUUAAGCAGAGAAACUAAUUUAUUUUAAUAUAUAGAAAAAUAAAACAUGCAUAUGAAGGUUGAACCAAA